AUGGCUCCCAAGAUUGCCAUCGUCUACUACUCCAUGUACGGCCACAUCCGCCAAUUGGCCGAGGCCGAGAAGAAGGGCAUCGAGAAGGCCGGCGGCACCGCCGACCUCUUCCAAGUCGCAGAGACCCUCCCCGAAGAGGUCCUCACCAAAAUGGGCGCCCCCCCAAAAGCAACAGACGUCCCCGUCCUAGACGACCCCGCCACCCUCGAAUCCUACGACGCCUUCCUCCUCGGCAUCCCAACCCGCUACGGCAACUUCCCCGCCCAGUGGAAGGCCUUCUGGGACAAGUCCGGAAAGCAGUGGUCCACGGGAGGCUACUGGGGCAAGCUCGCCGGCCUCUUCAUCUCCACCGCCUCCCUCGGCGGAGGUCAGGAGUCCACCGCCAUCGCCGCCAUGUCGACGUUCGCCCACCACGGCAUCAUCUACGUUCCGUUCGGGUACGCCAAGGCCUUCCCGCUCAUGGCGGACUUGUCCGAGGUCCACGGUGGUGGCCCCUGGGGCGCGGGUACUUUCGCGGGCGCUGAUGGAUCGCGCCAGCCUUCGGCGAAGGAGCUGGAGAUUGCUACGAUCCAGGGCGAGGCAUUUUACCAAACUGUCGCCAAGCACAGCGGUGGCGCUACCGCCGUUGCGAAUGGGGUGAACGGAUCCGAGAAGCCGGCGGCGGCGAAGGCGGACCCCGCGGCUCCGGCAGCAAAGGAGCCGGCCCCGGCGACGGAGACCCGAAAGGCCCCUCAGGAGUUGGACGACAAGGAUGUCAAGGCCGGACCGUGCGGUCUGCCCAGCAAAUGUGUCGUGCAAUAA